GCCUAUUGAUGGCUACGACGAUAGCAAUUGAUUCUUUGAACUCCCCGACAAUCGUAUUGGAUUCAGAUUGUUCGCGUCUGUGAACCCAACUUGGAAGAGCGUUCGAGUCCGAGACAUCACACAUUGCGACAUACCUCCGCGACUACCCAGCUUCACAUCAUCAAUCAUAUCCGUCGGCUACCAUCAAUUAUUAUCAGAAAGCCUGGAAGGAUCGCUAUCGACGAACUCACCAUCACAGCGUAAUUUCUAUGGCUGCAGACGCCAUGACUGAGCCGCAGUCGGUCGGCAUUGUGUCCGCAAGACUGCGAGCAUUGCUACAACGCGCCAGACAGAUCAAGUCAGUCGAAACAAUAGAUCCACCAUUGCCUGUCUCCGACCUGGCACAGGAAGUAUCGUCGCUCGGCAAGGAUGUUUUCCAGUCACAACCAGAUGCGCACAAGUUCUCGGUCGUCGAAACUGCAGCAAGGAAGAUCUUCUACGAAACCAUUCAAUCUACGGAUAUCAAAACCCCUGGAUUCGUCCGCAUGUGGGAUUUCUUAGACCUCUUAUUACUUUGCGGCGAACUCGGACAGUGCGAACCCAUCCUUCCAUUCUGGCUUGUCGAGGAGCUGCUUGACAGUCAGACUACCGAGGGCUGCAGAACCAUCUUUGACUACCUGGAGUCCAGACGCGAAAGACUCAUCCAAAAGGACUUCCACAAGACACAUCUUGCACUUCUACGCUCAUGUAACGAACUGCUACGCCGUCUUUCAAGAGCUGAAGACGCCGUGUUCUGUGGACGUGUCUUCUUUUUCUUGUUCCAAACCUUCCCUCUUGGCGACAAAAGCUCCGUCAACCUACGAGGUGAAUACCAUACCGAAAACGUUACUGUGUUCGAAAAGGAUCCCCCAGCAGAUGUCGAGGCCCCAGAGCCCACGGAUGUUGUUAUGGAAAUGGAGCCUGACGCCGAGUCGAAGUCGAAAGACGGCAAAGACACUGCAUCCACAAAGGACCUAGCCAAAACCUCCAUGGACAAGAAAGGCGAAGACGUGAAGAACGAAAACUCAGAGUUCUACCCUAUCUUCUGGAGACUUCAACACGACUUUUCAAAUCCCAUACGACUCUUCGAGGACGAGAACUUCAGUCCUUUCAAGAAUGGCAUCGAGAAAACCUUGACAAAAUUUAAAAAGACCCCGGUAGUCGCACAAACAAAGAGCGCUGGAGAUGCUCAGCGUGGUAUCAAACGCAAGCUGGGCGAUGACAAUGGCGAUCAGUACGCAAGCAACUACAACCCCAAAUACCUAACUAGCCGUGAACUCUUCGAACUCGAGCUGAGCGACCUGGCCUUCCAACGCCACAUCCUUGUCCAAGGGCUCAUUCUCAUCGACUUUCUGCUAUCUCUCACAGAAAAAGCAAAGAAGAAGUGGGCAGAGGUCGAGAAAACCAGCUCCAAGUCAGCCAACAGGGGCCUUCUGUACGGCUUCACGCUGAGCGAGGAUAACGAGAAAUGGGUAAUUUCAACACGCUCCAGAAUUGCUGGUUACCUGCAGGAAGGACCAGAAGGAAAGUUUUACUAUCGUAUGGUCGACACUGUGCUCUCCCGUGACAAGAAUUGGGUUAGAUGGAAAUUGGAAAGUUGUCCACAGAUCGUCAAGGAAGCAGUCACCCCAGAGGAAAACACAGAAGCGAAGUCUGGUGCUCGGCAAGCGACCGUCAACAAGCGCCUCAAGGCGAAACCAAUGGGAGCCAUCGACGUGACCUUCCUCGCAGAAGUAGACAACGCAAAAGGACUCGAAGCUCUCAAGGAGGCUUCAAGAUUCACGGCACCAUCACCCGAGGAGCUCGUCAAGGGAAUUGAGAGCGACGACCUUGAUCUCGAAAUGGCCAUGACAGAAGAUGAAAAGUACUCUUUGGAGGCCGCCAAGCAGAGCAAGACCUGGCGUGCGCUGCGGGCUGCAUCCAGAACAUCGCUGGCGUUGUUGGACAAGGUGGAUCCCUCCACGCGCUUACCGGCCUUGUUCAAACAGGAGGAGAACCAGAAAGAGUCUGCCGCUCACGACCCAUCUGCAUCUGCACCAGAGAAUGACAGUGGAGAGGUAGCCGUGGCCACGGAUGGCAAAGCAGAGGAACAGGAGGUCACUGAAUAGAUAAAUAACAUGCAGUGAGCCGUCUUGAUUUCUAUUAUUGAAGUCCCUUGGAGUGACAACAAGCAAUGCAAACACGUUGUUGGUAUGCA